AUGGCCAGUGCUCAGAUUCGUAUUGGAAGCUACCUUCUUCUGGAAACCAUUGGAGUUGGCACUUUUGGAAAAGUCAAGCUUGCUUUUCAUUCACAAACUGGCCACAAGGUUGCAAUGAAAAUUGUCAAUAGGCGUAAAAUUGCCAAUCUGGAUAUGGCCACUCGUCUUAAGCGAGAGGUUCAGUAUCUAAAGUUGUUGCGUCAUCCACAUAUUAUAAAACUAUAUGAAGUAAUAACAACCCCAACAGACAUUAUUCUUGUCAUGGAGUAUGCAGGUGGUGAGCUAUUCAACUAUAUUGUGGAAAAGGGAAAGAUGCCAGAAUCUGAUUCACGGCGACUAUUUCAGCAAAUGAUUUGUGCUUUGGAGCAUUGUCACAAACACAAGAUUGUUCAUCGUGAUCUUAAGCCAGAAAAUGUUCUUAUGGAUGAGUACGGGAAUAUAAAGAUUGCAGAUUUUGGCUUGUCAAACUUUAUGAAUGACGGCGACUUUUUAAAAACCAGCUGUGGAUCACCAAACUAUGCCGCACCAGAAGUUAUUUCUGGAAAACUCUAUGCUGGACCUGAAAUUGACAUUUGGAGCUGCGGUGUAAUACUUUACGUUAUGGUUUGCGGAAGACUUCCAUUUGACGACGAGCAUAUUCCAAAUCUUUUCAAGAAAAUCAAUGGAGGAAUUUUUAUACUGCCGCCAUUUUUAAGCCCCGCUGUUAGGGAGCUUGUGUCUGCCAUGCUUGUCGUUGACCCACUAAAGCGUAUCACGAUACCUGAGAUACGACGCACUGACUGGUUUAACACAGAUUUGCCAGAAUAUCUUCAACUUCGUCCUGAAAUUCCUCAAGAAGAACUCUCAUACUUGGACGAGACAGUGGUGGAAUAUCUCAUCAAGGUACUAUUACUAUUCCCGUAUUGUGUUCUUUUCAAAACUAUGAGCAAUAGCAUUUUCCAACUAAUAUAUUAUUAG